AUGGUCAUAACCAUCAAGUUACAGUAUUUUUUGCUGAUAUUAUUAAUCCUAAUUACACAACAAAUAAAUACUUUCAAAUUAUUUGAUUUUUUUAAUUUUAAUGCAAAAGAAACACCAAAAAGUAUACAAAAUUCUUCAGUUAUACAAAUUGAAUUGUUAAAUGAAACAACAACUGUAAGUGAGAUAACAGCAGAAACAAUAAGUAAUAAUGAUGAAUUAACCUUAACAACUAGCACGAUUACAAAUAAUAAAUCUCAUAAUGAAUCAACGAUUAGUAAUAAUUUUAAUUACAAUAAUCAAGAAAGAAUAAGAAAUACUUCUGAAGAUACUAAAUUUUAUUUGAAUGAAGAUGGUACAAAUAUUACUGAUAUUGAUAUUAGUAAUAAUCAUCUUAAUAAUAAUAUAAAUGUAUCAGAAAAUAUAUAUACAAAUGAAACAAUUACAACAAAUAUUUUUCCAAAAGAAAAUGAAGAACAAUUAUUAGAAAUAACAAAAAAUGAUUUAAAUUUUACAAGUACAAUUACAACAAUUGAUAUUAAUGAAAGCAGUGGACAACAGUUAGGAAAAACGGAAGAUACUUAG